AUGAUAUUUUCCUUGAAUAAAAGUCCAUCUAAAAAUGAAUCAGCAUUUAAAUAAACAUCUUCUACUUCAAAAUUCAGAGAUAAAUCUAAUAAGCCAAUUUUGAAUGGGAGAGCAUAAAGAUGGCAAGCAGUAGAUUCCCAUUGCAUAAUUAAAUAAAGCUAGGAAACUAAGUCAUCACAAUAUAAUAGUCCUUCUAGGGAAAGAUCAUCUAAUGAUUCAGUGUAAAAAUUGCGAUAAAAAGGGCACAAAAGUGAUUUUAGUUUUGCAGACAAAGAGCUUUCCUAAAUUAUUCAUUAGUAAAAAUAAGAAAAAGUUGAUUAUUAUCAUUAAAACAUAAGUAAGGCUAUAAAAUUGACUAAAAAUGAGGACACUGUUGACUUAGCUCUAUGGAAAAAUGCAAUAUUCUAUAAGAGUAUAGCUCUAAUAAAAGAACAAAGAGAAAAAUUGAAACAAAAGAUUGACCCUAAUUAUAUUUCAAGCAAUAUCAAACCUAAAGUUAAAACAUUUAGAUAGAAAUCUCCAAAACCACAAAUUCUGAAAAAAUAAGGAAAUAAUAUUAGAUGCAAGAGUGCAGAUGUAGUUGCAGAAAGACAUUCAAAUUUUUCCUUUAAUAAUGAUGAUAAAAAUAAAGAUAUUGUCAAUGAAAUCAAUUAAAAAGACUCAGCAAAUUAGCAAACUUCUUUCUGUGAAGAUUAGGAAGAAUAAUAAAGAAGAGAAAAAUAUUUAAAAUAUACUAGAAAGCCAGAUCAAUCCAGUGAGUAGCAUCUCCUGGUAAUUAUUUCCAAAUUCAGUCCAUUUUUGAUAAAGGAGAUUUCAGAUACUAAUGUCGAUUAAAUAGAUAUAAAUAAAGUAAAAAGAGAAGAAAUUGAAUCUUUGGCCAAUUGUUUCAUGCAGUUAGUCAAUUUGAUUAUAUAUGAGAGAUAGGAGCUAAGCUAAGGAUGGGAGUAACUUUAAGCAUAUUGCCAUCAUUCAUAUGAUGCUUUCUAACACUUUUUGAUUCUUAAAUCUUGUGCUGACCUUUAAAAGUUUGGAAUAGAGUCUAUUGUUGAGACUGAAAAAAUGUUCUUGAAUUCACUCGGUGAAGUGUGCAUUUUUAAUUUGCCUAAAUGUCUAUUCAUUCUCUAUCAGCUUUGCUAAAGCUUGAUAAACUACAUUUAUGAUCUGUAUGGCUAUACACAUAUUAAAACUUAAAGAGAAAGAAAGAGCAAAAGCCAGAUGAAUAGAGUGUUUUAAUUAGAGUUGAUAGAAGAAAUCAACGAGGAUGAUCAUCUGAAAACUCCUAAAUUCUUUUAAUGA